CCAUCGGUCCGGGUCUGCCCAAGUUUCACGGUCAAUGCCCGAUCAGGGGAAUGUUGGGACGCCAUAGCCAAAGCGGAACGAGGAGGACAAGCUAUGGCUAUGGCGAUUUUGUUGCUGCAUUAGGCCGCACUCUUGGCGGCAUUUUGCAGCGUCGAUCUCUGCCAAGGUCCUCGACUGCUUCGCAAUCUCGCCAGCAUGUGUCGUGGUAUAUUUGUUUAAUUCUUUUAUCUGUUCAGCCGGUGGAGAAACUGGUGGGAAAAGGUUUUUUUUCAGAUGGAUGCGGGUGUAUUAUCGACGUGGAAGAGAGGUCGCGACUUGUAGAUCGGGGUUGAGGAGAGCGUGCUCUUGCGAUGGAUGGUGUAGUUCAGUUAAUUGUGGCUGGAUUGAAGGUGUUGAAGGUUUGAGCUAGUUCUGGGGGUUGUUAUUGGAGCUGGAUGAAGUUAGGGUACCAGCUUAGGGCCAUUUCCAGGAGUUAGAGGGCUCGAUUUAUUUGGGAUCGGAAGUGUGGUGCUGGAGGUUUGAAGGGGAUGUGAAAGUGCAUGGCUUUGAGGGACUUUUGAGAAAUUGAUGCGUCAAUGAGUCGAUCUGUUGGAACCCCGAGAGCAGAGAUGGAAGGCGGGUGGAGGGAUAAAGCUAGGAGAAGCAAGGGAACUUUGGCGUGUAUGGUGAAUUCUGAGGUCAGUGCCGUACUAGCCGUGAUGCGUCGUAAUGCACGAUGGGCGGGUCGGUAUUCUGCAAGCGAUGACCAGCUGGAGCAUCCCCUCAUCAGGUCCUUGAAGGGACUUCGACGACUCGUUUUUACUUGGCAGCAACCAUGGCCAUCUAUCGACCCUUGCCUGUAUCUCUCCCCCUUCUUAGAUGUAAUACGGUCAGAUGAGACCGGUGCGCAGAUUACGGGUGUGGCACUCUCUGCAGUGUACAAGAUGGUUCAAUUAGAAAUCUUUGACGUACAGACCGCUAACGUGGACAUUGCAAUGCACAAAAUUGUGGAUUCUGUGACGAGUUGUCGUUUUGAAGUUACCGAUCCAGCGUCAGAGGAGGUCGUGUUAAUGAAGAUUUUGCAGGUGCUGUUAGUCUCCUUAAAAAGUGGAGUUGGGGCAGUAUUGAGUGAUCGAGAUGUUUGCAACAUCGUGAACACCACUUUUCGAGUGGUUCAUCAAGCUGGUAGCAAGGGGGAGCUCUUGCAGCGUACAGCUCGCUACACAAUGCAUGAGCUUGUCCGAGCUGUCUUCUCUCAUCUACCUUCCCUGAAGCCAACAUCUCUGGCGAUCGAGAUUGCUCCACACAACACAGAAAGCAGUUCCAGUGCUGGGAAGGAUCUUAAUAAGUCUGGAUCAGAGGAGGCAAAUGAGCUCAGUGGUCUCGUAAACACAAGUAGUAUCUCUUCUGCUGAUGGUAGCUCGGACUUAGCAGAAGCUGAACAACCUGUGCUUGUUAGUGAUGAGCCCUCUGAAAAGGAUGCCGUUGCACAUCUCCUGAACGGAAGCGAUGGAAGUCAAAAUGCUGCCAUUGAGACCGUUGGUAGUGCAGAGGAUUCGAUUGUUGCGGCUUACGGUGUACCAUGCAUGGUCGAAAUUUUCAGUUUCUUAUGUUCCCUUCUGAAUAUCGCGGACCUCCUAAGCCCUGGCCAGCUUGUAUUGGCCAGUGACGAAGAUUCGCCACAAUUCGCCCUGAUGCUGAUUAAUUCUGCACUUGAGCUGGGAGGUGAUGCCUUCAAAAAGCAUCCUAAACUAUUAGAUCUUAUCCAAGAUACGCUCUUCAGAAAUCUGAUGGUGAUUGGACUUUCGCAGAACCCAAUAGUUCUAUCAUUAGUAUUUGGAAUUGUUUUAAAUCUGUACCAUCAUCUUCGGGGACUAGUCAAGCUUCAGUUGGAGGCUUUCUUUUCCUUUGUCUUGAUCCGUCUUGCAUCCGGCAAGCACGGGGCCACAUACCAGCAGCAAGAAGUUGCUCUGGAAGCGCUUGUUGACUUUUGCCGUCAGCCUACAUUCAUGCCUGAAAUGUAUGCAAAUUUUGAUUGUGAUACCACACUAAGCAACACUUUUGAGGAUCUAGGAAAUCUGCUCUCUAAGAGUGCUUUUCCGGUCAACUGCCCGUUAUCAGCUAUGCAUGUACUAGCAUUAGAAGGAUUGCUUGCUGUGGUACGAAGUAUGGCAGACAGAAUUGAUACUGGAAUUCUAGUUCUUGCAUCAAGUAAUCUGGGAGCUGGCAACCAGGAAUACAUUCCAUUUUGGACAUUGAAGUGUGAACAUUAUGAUGAUCCUUCGAGCUGGGUUCAAUUUGUAAAACAUCAGAAGUACAUCAAGUGCCGACUCAUGAUAGGAGCUGAUCACUUCAAUCGGGACCCCAAGAAAGGUCUCGAGUUUCUACAAGGGAUGCGGUUGCUUCCUUCCGAAUUAGAUCCUAAAAGCGUGGCUUGUUUUAUCAGGUAUUCAACAGGAUUAAACAAGACCGUUAUUGGAGAUUACCUUGGAGACCCUGAUGAGUUUUGUCUUCGAGUGUUGGAUGAGUUUGCCCAAACUUUUGAUUUUAGCAAUAUGAGGAUAGAUUCGGCGUUGCGUCUUUUCUUGGAGAGUUUUCGAUUGCCUGGGGAAGCACAAAAGAUUCAUAGAGUUGUGGAGGCUUUUGCCGAUAGGUACUAUCAACAAUCGAAAGGUAUCCUUGCCAGCAAAGACGUGGCUUUUGUUCUGUCGUACUCGGUCAUUAUGUUGAAUACCGAUCAACAUAACAAGCAGGUGCGAAACAAGAUGACAGAGGAUGACUUCAUUAGGAAUUUGCGAAAGAUCAAUGAUGGGCAAGACUUGCCACGACAGAUGUUGGCUGAACUGUACCACUCAAUUGUGCAUAAUGAAAUCCGCAUUUCAUAUGUUAGUGAGGCUGGCGUUGCGAACAUGACUCACAGUCGGUGGAUCGAUGUGAUGCGUCGAUCAGUGUCUACUACACCGUACAUAAACUGUGAUGAGCGGCCUCUUUUAGACCAUGACAUGUUUCCCAUCAUAUCGGGUCCUUCCAUUGCUGCCUUAUCGGUCGUGUUUGACCAUGCAGAGGAUGAAGAGGUUCUGCAACUAUGCAUCGACGGAUUUCUCGCAGUGGCCAAAUUAUCUGCCAGCCACCGUCUGGAGGAUGUGUUGGAUGACCUUGUGGUUUCUCUCUGCAAAUUUACAACAUUACUUAACCCUUUUCCUCUUGAAGAGGAACCUGUUAUCGCAUUUGGAGGUGAUACGAAAGCACGGAUGGCAACAGUCGCAGUGUUCAACAUUGCAAACAAAUAUGGAGAUUUCAUCAGGACUGGUUGGCGAAAUAUCUUAGAUUGCAUUUUACGGCUGCAGAAGGUUGGGCUCUUGCCUGCUCAAGUUGCCAACGAAUCAGUAGAGAAAACUAAUACAACAGGCGACUCAGCACAUAGUAAACUUGCAGGAUCGUCGUCGACAAGGAUUCAAAUGCCUGAACGUGUUCGACAUCGGCGUCGUAAUACAGGCUUGAUGUCGAGGUUCAGUCAGCUGCUGUCUUUGGAGUCUGAUGAGCCACCCGCAGUCCCUACAGAGGAAGAACUAGCUGCUCAGCAGCGAGCACUUAGAACCAUUGAAUCUUGUCACAUACACCAGAUAUUUACUGAUAGCAAAUUCUUGCAAGCUGAGUCACUGUUACAAUUAGCGAGAGCACUUGUAUGGUCCGCGGGCAGGCCUCACAAGAGUGGGGGCUCAGCAGAGGAUGAGGAUACAGCAGUCUUGUGCUUAGAACUCCUCAUUACAAUCACCCUCAACAACCGGGACCGCAUCAUGCUUCUGUGGCAAGGGGUUUAUGAACACAUGGCUGGAAUUAUUCAGACGUCUGUCUUCCCAGGGUUGCUGGUUGAGAAGGCUGUCUUUGGGUUAUUGAGGGUUUGUCAACGUCUACUUCCUUAUAAGGAAGAUCUGGCGGAAGAGCUCCUUAGAUCAUUGCAACUCGUUUUGAGGCUUGAUCCCCGAGUGGCAGACGCAUUUUGUGAGCGAAUAACGCAGGAAGUAAUGGUCUUAGUACGGACAAAUGCAGCACAUAUCAAGUCACCGAUGGGCUGGCGAACCGUGACAUCGCUUUUGACCGUAACAGCCCGACACCCACGGGCCUCUGAGCCAGGAUUUGAGGCUCUUAUGUAUAUUAUGCAAGCCGGAGCUCAUUUGACUCCUGCAAAUUAUGUUCUCUGUGUAGAUGCAGCUCGAGCAUUUGUAGAAGCUCGAGUUGGGGGACCGGGACGGUCUGUGCGUGCAUUGGAUCUACUUUUGGAUUCAGUGGGACGUCUUACAUUAUGGUCAAAAGUUCACUCCGAGGGUGCAGAUGCCUCUGGUACUGACAGCGUGGAAGGACUCUCCAGACAUUCUCAGGAGUUAACUGAGAUGUGGGUGCGUCUGGCGCAGUUAUUGAUGAAAUUAUGCUUGGAACAAAGAGAACUAGUGCGAGAUCACGCUAUUCUUUGUUUGCAAGGCUGCCUUUCUGCAGCAGAAAUGAUCAGUUUGACUCCAGCAUUAUUGGCUCAAUCUCUUGAACAGGUGGUUUUAAAGCUAUUGGAUGAGCUACUGGAUCUUGCUGUUAGGCACCCAAAAGAAUAUCAAGGCAUGGAGGAUACUCUUUUUUUGUCAACCAAGUUUCUCGCAAAGUCUUACUUACAGUUUCUGCCUCAGCUUGUUACCUUACCUACUUUUCAGUCAUUGUGGCUCCAAGUUUUGAAACGUAUGGAAAUGUUCAUAAACGCCAAAUUUCGCGGCAAACGCAGUGAAAAACUGCAGGAGCUUAUACCUGAGCUUCUUCGAAAUAUUUUGCAGGUAAUGCAUUCUCAAGGGAUCCUGGUGCAACUAACUAAACCAAGCCAGGACAACAUGUGGGACAUGACCUGGAAACACGUGGGUGACAUAGUUCCUACUCUAACACCAGACAUAAUCAAGGAAAGCAGUCCGGAGGUGAAGGAUGGAGGUUUUGCAGUAGUAGGAGAACAAAUGUCCCCUGCAUCAGUUCCAUCUGAUGUGGAAUCCGAAUACACGAUUGUUGAGAAGGUGGACAGCAUAAGCCUGGGAGAUCAAGGAUAAUUGAUUUAAUCACCACAUUUCAAUGUUUUAGAUUGCUGAUAUGAGUAUUGGCUCAAUCAAUAUUUUAGGAGUCCUGAAAAUUGCUUCCAAUGAAUUAAAAUUUAACCAUAGAUAACUAUGGAGAGAAGACUAUGUGUGCUAGCUUCGAAUGGUGGCAUUCAUUACAGCAGCGGAUUUGCCUUGCAUCUACAGUUCUGAGUAUUCUUUUUAGGCUUUUCCAAGUUAUGCACACACAUCUACUAUUCUUAUUGCGGGGAGGCCUGCGCUGCAGUACGAAUGAGGGUUUGAAUCAGGAAAUUUGUAGUUGUACAUUUGCCUCUUUAGAAUUUCUAUUCAAAAUGAUAUGAUUCUUUUUCUUUUUUUCUUUAGAGAAUAACUUCAUCCUCAUUUUUCCUUUGCUCAACUACCUUCUGCAGCUUUAUUAUAGAUUAUAUACUGCAAGACCUUGGUCAAACUUUUAACGCUUUUAGAGAACAUCAAGUUCUCCAGGAUUGAAACUUUUGGUCAAUGUCUUUUUACAUAUAUUCUAAACAGGACUUAUUUAUUUUUGUUAUUCCAAAUCAACAGGGUAGCAUUUAGUCCACCAAAUCAUGGUCCAGCAUAGAUGUCUGUGAUUAGUACUGAAGCGCGAACAGAGAGAAGACUUUUUUUCUCAUUCGGAUGUGAUUUUGGCUUCCAAUAAAACUGUUUUACCUCUGGUGUGGGCCCGACAAGCCGGACCUGCUUCUUUAGCCAACCAGCCACUGUUCCUUUAA